AUUAUUUAUAUAUCGAGUAUUACUUACAUAAAUAUAAAUGAACAAAAUUUGAAUUGUUUAUUAUGGUGUCAUGUUAAUAAUUAAAAUGUUACUACAGUAGUAUAUUAAUUAACUAUUUUUAAAAUCCUUAAUUGAGAUUUAUUUCUUCAAUAUAAGUACAAUGGAAAAUGUAGAAAAAUACAUACCAGUCUGUGAAUGUGAAGGAGAAGAUUUUAUGGAGAUUCCACUAGAGAGUGAUGGCACAUUGUCUACAGCCACUCUAAGUGCUUACUUUCCUGGAGUCACUGGUCUUAAAUUUCGGUUAGAUUCGUAUUCUCCUUAUAGAGCAUUGAGACUGUUUGAUGGAAAAUUUCAUGCUCCUGAGGGUAGCUGGACUGGACAUAAGUUUUACUGUGUUCAUCCAAAAGGAGAUAAAAGAAAACUUGAAGAGACUGAUACUAAGCCUUCUAAAGGCUUCCAUAAUAUUAAUUGUACUGAUUUAAUAGUUUUGGGUUUACCUUAUCAACUCUCAGAAACUCAAAUGAGAGAGUAUUUUGGACAGUUUGGAAAACUUGUAAUGGUCCAGAUAAAACGUGAUACAUCAGGAAAUUCUAAAGGAUUUGGUUUUAUUCGAUAUGAAGACUACAGCUCACAAGCUAAAGCACUUGGUCAACGUCAUUAUGUCAAUAACAGAUGGGUUGAAGUAAAAAUACCAGCAUCUAAAGAAGGCUUCUAUUCUAAGGUUCCUCACAAGAUAUUUGUUGGUCGUCUCACUGAAGAUAUUAGUGAACCUGAUUUAAGCAAAUACUUUUCUCAAUAUGGAGAAAUUACAGAUGUAUUUAUACCAAAACCAUUUAGAGCUUUUGGUUUUGUGACAUUUAAUGAUGCUUCUGUUGCUCAAAGUCUCUGUGAUGAAGAUCACAUUGUUAAAGGAGUGUCUCUUCAUAUAUCUGAAGCUAACCCAAAAUCUGACCAAAAUAGAGAUAAACAAGCAAACAAUCAACAACAGUACAUGGGUAACAUAUUGACAAAUGGUAUGUUAGCAGCUGCUCUUAAUCAAGCUGCUUAUCAACCUUCAUCAAUUCACUAUCAAAGUCAUCGAUCAUAUGGAAAAUUACAUGACUGGAAGCGUCGUAGCACAUAAUAUUUAGACAAAUGUUUAUUAUUUAACAUGUAUUGUGAUGAAAAUGAUCAAUUUGGCAUACAUUUUGAAUGCCCCUUCUCUUAUCCUUUUUUCACUAGUCAUUCUAUUUUGCUGAUUCUCAUUUUUUUCAUACUCAAAAUGUUAUGCUAAACUAUUCCACUACCUUAUUCAUUUCAAAAUAAUUGAAGUAUUAUGCAAAGUAUUAUGUAUAAUAUAUGUUAUUAUGCAACAUAUUAUAAUUUAUGACUGUUGUUUUUUAUAAGUGUCAUUACUGUACAUACUGUGUAUUUAAAAGUUGGAAAUUCUUUGGUUUAAAUAAAUAAUCAAUACCAAUAUAGUAUAUAUGAAAUUAAUA